AGAGAGAGAAGAGAGCGAGCGAGGUGUCGAGCAUGGAGGCACACUUGGAGCGGGCUCUGCGCGCGACGCUGACGGAGGCGGAGGCGCGGGCGCUGGAGGGCACCGUGCGCGAGCACCACACGUUCCCGGGCCGCUCGGGCGCGAGGCCGGCGACGUGCACGUCGCUGGUGGCGCAGCGCGUGUCGGCGCCGGUGCGCGCGGUGUGGCCCAUCGUGCGCAGCUUCGGCAACCCGCAGCGGUACAAGCACUUCGUGCGCACCUGCGCGCUCGCCGCCGGCGACGGCGUCAGCGUCGGCAGCGUGCGCGAGGUCACCGUGGUGUCGGGCCUCCCGGCCUCCUCCAGCACCGAGCGCCUCGAGGUGCUGGACGACGACCUCCACAUCCUCAGCUUCCGCGUCGUCGGCGGCGACCACCGCCUCCGCAACUACCGCUCCGUCACCUCCGUCACCGAGUUCCAGCGCCAGCCCGCCGGCGCCGGCCCGCCCUACUGCGUCGUCGUCGAGUCCUACGUCGUCGACGUGCCCGAGGGCAACACCGAGGAGGACACGCGCAUGUUCACCGACACCGUCGUCAGGCUCAACCUCCAGAAGCUCGCGGCCGUCGCCGAGGAGUCCGCGCCCGCUGCAGGCAGGAGCUAGCUAGCUCCGAUCCUGAUCGCUCUUCCGCUCGUGGUGGGCGCGGCGUGCCAGAGCGGCGCCGUCGUUGUUGCUCUGUUUGUCCUUUCUUGUUCUUUUUCUUUCCCUUUUCGGGUUGGCUUUUAUCUUCUUCGUUUUUCUUUCUCACGCCUUUUGUUCUCGUGUAUAAAAAGGCCUUUGCUGCGCUGCGGCGCAAGAAAGCCUAC